GCGCUUGUCUUGUCUUUCCUCUUUCUGUCUCCUGGGAUGGUCUUCUAUUACUAGCUUAGCCAUGUUGGUAUAUCUAACUUGGACAGCCAAUCAAGCAUUAAUGGCUGCCCAGCCAACAUCGACGAUAUCAUACCUCCUUACAACCCGAAUUACCACCCAUGAGUCUCAAACAAUCAAAUCAACCCCGAUGGGAGGACUUGCCCCGUCUUUGCAAGUGUGCAACGGGCGAUGAUGUCGAACUCUGGCUGGACCAGCUUGUAGGAGACUUGAAACGUGCAGGGUACCGGUGCGGGAUAAGCUCGAAACGAUAGAGAAAGGUGGUUGGAGCUGGGAAACCUUCAGCCGAUAUGUGAGACAAGAAGUCAAUGUACACUGCAAACCGACAAUGUUUCAGAAUUUCUGUAGCAAUCAUCCGGCGCUUACUAUGGUUGCCGGUGCAAGUCUUGUAUCAGUAGGAUGUGCGCUUGCUCUCCCAGCAAUGGCAGGUGUAGUGGGCCUGGGUGCAGUGGGUUCAGCUGGAGUUGUACUUUCUGGAAUGCAAUCACUUGCGGGCGUAGUAGCAGUGACAAGUGGGACAGCAAUGGUCAAGAAAACAGUCGACGGGUUGGAGGAUAAGUAGGCUUCCAGACAACUUUAUUCUGACAUCUCAGUGGUGCGCUUGUCUGCCUUUUAUCCCUGAACCACCAUUCUUUGUUAUCCCUUUCCAUAUUGUAACCUUGUAGCUGAAGGACAACUAUACCAACUGUAACGUUGAAAUACUAUCCAAUCCUAUAACGACUUGAUUCAUGGUUCAUGCAUUAGUCAGCUGUGCCCCUCGCUUUCAUGAACCCAUUUAGUCGAUAAGAUAUUUCGUUACGUAUCAGACGAGUCUCAAGGCGCUCGAGAAGGUUUGAUCAAACUGAGCGGGUUUCGACGUCCUUGUAAAGUAAAAGGGCUGCUUUGCAAAUAUACGGCAGUGUUCGGAUCCAACCAAGUCGCCUUGUGGGAACUGCUGCAACUUGCUCUAGUACAAGUCACAAAGCAUCUCAAUUCUACACUUUUCUGCGCAUGUUUGAUCUAAAGAACAUUUUGAGGAGGCUGCAGUCGUGGAAACACGAGCCGGCGUUUGCUCAAAUCACAGAUCCUGAUAAAUGGGUGUAUAAGCUUGCGCCUUUAGGAAAGGCAGCGGAAGGCGAGCUUCUCAUCUCAACCGUGAUUCAGAGAUUACCCUGAUGGAUAUUCUUAGGUUUCCAGGCCCCUACAUCCAGUGAGAUGGGGACGCUCAGCGAACAUUACAGUUGCAUGUAUAAGAUUGCCCCGCUUGAAGCGAUGAAAAGCUUCCAGGUCCUUACAUUCAGUGAGAUUGGGACGUUCAACAAGCAGUUCAUCCCACUACUAGGAGAAGUGAUGAAAGAUAUAUGGGUCCCCCAGCUUUGCUAUUUGAAAAAAUUCCACGAGGAACGUUCGGCCUCCAUGCGCUAUCUUGGUAUUGUUCUUAUAGUAGUUGGUGUUGUACUUGUUCUCCGCAAGGUUGGUUCAGUGGCUGCAAGGGCAGCUGGUUUCAGUCACAUUGGGCCUGUUGCAGGCUCAAUGGCGGCUAGGUUUCAGUCCUCUGUAUAUGGUGCCACUACAGGCGGGAUUUUCUCUGCCAUACAAUCGUUUGCAAUGACGGCUGUCUCAGAUGCCGUCCCUGUCAUUGUCGGCGGAUGUAUGAUUGCUGCAGGCACGAUACUUUUUAGAAAAAGUUGUUGAAUAUGUCAGCUAGUUU